GGAGAGAGAGCUGGCUGGCUGCUCGGCGGAAUCAGUCUGCCUUGAAGGCUGCUCCGCCCCGGACGGCCACCGUGAUUUCGAGACCGGGCUGAAAUGCGAACGUCACUUGCUGCUUUGUUUUGAUUGUGACUUCGAUCCGCCUGCGCCCAGGGAGUCUGUGUGGACCGCGAGUGCGUGUGUGUGUGUGUGUGUGUGCGUGGCGGGCCGCGGGUUGGCUGAACCUCAGCUUGUUUGGAUUACCAUCGUUUGAACGCUGAAUCGAGAGGCCGCGCUGCAAGACGCCGACGGCAGCCGAAGGCCCGAAGGACCCACACUGCAGGGAACAAAGGUGGCGCUGUCGCCCGCUGCCGCCGCUCCCCAUGUGACGUCACCUCCACCGCGAGGCUCUAGGCUCACCAUGGACCGGGUGGCCGUGCGGGCCGUGCCCGUGGCGCUGGUGGUGGUGCUGCUGCUGGUCACGCUGUCAGUGCAGCACGCUGACGCCGCGCUGGAGGGACCCCACAUCUGCACCCGCCAAGCGGCAUACAACCAGACUGUCAGAGUAUCCAAACAAAUACCUGUACAAAAGAAGAUCUUCACAUGGUGCCUAAAUUUACCCCCGCGAUGCUCCAAGUACAAGAUGGAAUUCCAAACUCACUACACUACUCAAACAUUGUCCAAAACGAGACCUGUUGAGGAAUGCUGUGAGGGCUACAUCCAGAGUGGGAAUCGCUGCAUUGCCGAGUGCGAGGCACCAUGCAUUCAUGGAAAGUGUGUGGAACCCAACAAAUGCCAGUGUGAGGACAAUUAUGGUGGACCAACUUGCAACCAGACUUGCCCUGACAAUCGCUAUGGUCCAAACUGUGAGCAUCGCUGUCAAUGUGUGAACCAAGCUGUAUGCGACCCAUUUUCGGGCCAAUGCAGCUGCAAGCCGGGCUGGCAUGGAGAACAUUGCUCUCUGGAAUGUCCUGCUGGCAAAUACGGCCAGGACUGUGAAGAAACUUGUAAAUGCCAAAACGGUGGAGCUUGUCAUCAUAUUUCAGGAGGAUGCAAGUGUGCCUCCGGGUGGAUGGGUCCUUUGUGUGAGAGCCAGUGCCCUGAAGGGAAACAUGGAAAUGAGUGCUCCUCCGAAUGUCGUUGUCAAAAUGGUGGAACAUGUAACCCUACCACAGGAAAAUGCUAUUGUACUCCUGGGUGGACUGGUGAUGUCUGUGCUAACAGAUGUGGCUUUAGUUUCUGGGGAGUAAAUUGCUCCAAAGUUUGUGACUGCUAUAAUGGUGCACCUUGUCAUCACAUUACUGGGGCAUGUGAAUGUCAAGCUGGUUUCCGCGGGGAUAAGUGCUUAGAUCGAUGUCCUGAAGGCUUCUAUGGAGUUCAGUGCUCCAAAAAGUGUGACUGCAAAAAUGGUGGGACAUGUUCUCCAAUUAAUGGCACCUGCAAGUGCCGGCAGGGCUGGAAAGGCUUUGAUUGCUCAGAGCGCGCUUGUCCUGAAUGGACCUAUGGUGAAAAUUGCACUGGUGUCUGCAACUGUGAGCUAAACAACACGGAAAGCUGUGAUCCUCACACUGGUGCUUGCAAUUGCAAAGCUGGCUGGGAUGUUCGCUCGUGCGCCCGUCCUUGCCCGAUGCUCACAUUUGGCGUGGGAUGCAAGCAGAAGUGUAACUGCAAAAAUAAUGCCCUUUGCUCUCCAGUUGAUGGGUCGUGCAUAUGUGCAGCAGGCUAUCAAGGAAAAGAAUGUGAAUCUCACUGUCCUCCUGGAAAGUUUGGAGAGGAUUGCGCCCAAAAAUGUAACUGCAAUGGGGCUUUGUGCAACCACGAGAAUGGCCAGUGCUUCUGCAAUCCAGGGUGGGAGGGAAUUCAAUGCGAACGGCCCUGCAAUGGUACAUCCUAUGGCUCUAAUUGCAAUGAACCUUGCAAGUGUGCAAAUGGAGGGGUGUGUCACCCAGUUACUGGGACCUGCACUUGCCCACCAGGAUUUUCUGGCAAACUUUGUGAACGAAAAUGUGAGGAGGGGCGCUAUGGUCUUGGCUGCCAGUUUGAGUGUGAUUGCGAUCACGAAAAUACAAUCGGUUGUGACCACAAAACGGGUCAGUGUCUCUGCAAAACUACUUGGAGAGGAAUGAGGUGUGCAACAAAAUGCAAGGAAGGGUAUUAUGGAGAAGACUGCUCUCAAGAAUGCGAUUGUGCCAAUAACAGCACCUGCGAUGCCAUUAGUGGGGCAUGUAUUUGUGCCCGAGGAUGGCAAGGAGACCGAUGCAGCACACCUUGUAACUCUGGUCGUUAUGGAAUAGGCUGUAAAGAAGAGUGUCCUCCAUGGGCAUAUGGUGUAAAUGGUAACCCUGCUUGUAACCACAUAACAGGGGAGUAUCACUGUAAGCCUGGUUUCCAAGGUUUAUCGUGUGAAGUCCCUUGUGAUGAUGAUAAAUAUGGCCAGGAUUGCAAGGAAGAAUGUGACUGCAAGAAAAAUGCCAAAUGUCAUUAUGUAACAGGUGACUGUCAGUGCCUUCCUGGCUGGACUGGAGAAAAGUGUGGUAGUCCAUGUGCCAGCGGUUUCUUUGGAUUGCACUGUGGCCAAACUUGCAAAUGUCAGAAUGGAGGUCAUUGUCGUAGCAAUGAUGGAUUUUGCCACUGUGAACCUGGCUGGACUGGACCUAAAUGCUAUGAAGCUUGCCCAGAUGGAUUAUAUGGAAUAAACUGCAUGAAUAUUUGUGAAUGUGGAAAUGAGGACAAAUAUGACUGCCAUCCCAUUCGUGGCUGUGUUUGCCGCAAAGGUUUGUCUGGUAAAAAUUGUGAGUUGGGAGAAGCAGUGUCUGGAUCCUUGGGUGUAGCAAAUGACGUUGAAGGGAAAGCACAGUCAAGUAACUCUGGUAUUGUGGCUGGAGCAAUUGUUGCAACUCUCUUUUCUGCUGUCUUUCUCCUUCUGUGGCUGUACUACAGACGUCGCGUCAAUAGCCUCAAGACAGAAUUGGCUCAUGUGCAAUAUCAUGCUGACCCAGGUGUUUCUCCAGACCGUCACCACUUUGACAAUCCAGCCUAUUCAUACACAGGAAGGGCUGCAGGCAAUGGCACCACUGUUGGUAUUGGGUCGGAUGAUGGGUCCCUACUGCCGCUUAACAACAUGCAUAAAAUGAUUCAUAAUAAUUUGGGAAGUAAAAACAACCUCAAUAUAGAGAGACAAAGAGCGGGUUGUAGCACAGAGGAUGAUGAUGACUUGUGUUCAAAGGGUGCGUAUGGGCUUGAAUUCCAGCAUCCUGUUUCUGCCAAAAAUUGGGGUGCUGACAUGGGCAAUCCUAAUUUGAACAUGUAUCAAGCUGUUGAUGAUAAGCCAGUUGAGCAUUUGUAUGAUGAAAUAACUCAGAAAAAGGAAGCAGAAAUUGAGUACGAUCACUUAGACUACAGCAGACCUGCAUCAUCAUGGAAACCUCAUUAUCAUCAACUGGUUGAUAAAAAUAGUAGUGUAUCUGGGGCUGGAUCUUCUAGUGCUGCAAGCACAGCAAGCACAACUAUUCUUAACAUACCAAAUGUUGAACCAAGUAGCAGUAGCAGCAACAGUAGUAAUAGCAGUACCAUCAGUGGCAGCGGAAGCUCAAGUGCUAGUGAUGAUGUAGUCAAAAACAUGAUCUGAGCAAACCUUAAGUAUUUCUUUGUUUUGUGAUCAAGGCUUCAGCCUGAACAUUCCACUUUUUUUUUCUGAAAAGUAAACCAUAUUUUUCAUGAAGAAAGAAGUUAGAGUACAUUGCAUUUCUUGGUGUCUUAAUGUGGACUUUUGACUGAUAAUAGGGGACAAUAACCAGAGAGGUUGGUCACUUGCUUUGAGGAUAGAGGAGCUUCUCAAAAAUGCAGUUGCUGCCCGUGAGCUCAGGAGACUAGUCACUUGCUUCAUCUGUAUAUAUUCUGGUUACAAAUUAAGAUUUCUUUGAACACAAGUUGCCUCAAAACGCCUGUGAGUGCAGAGCAUUUGUAGAUCCUGGAUUACAAUUUUCAUGUGCUAUUUUCUCCAGCCCUUGAUGGUCCUCAUUACAUUUGUUGUGUAGUUACGAUUUGAUUUUUAAAUAGGUUAAUGAAUUAUUUACUUGUGAUAUGCUUAGUUGUUUUCAUUCCACUUUAAUCUUAGUGGUCAGAACAACCCUCAUGAUAUUUUCUUUAAGGUUUUUAGCACAGACACACUGAUCAACUGGAAAGAGGAGUUACUGGAGACCAUCUAUGCAAUAACUAUAGAGAUGUGCAUUAUAAUUAUUUUGUACAUAGGCUAUUUAUUUUUGUAUAUAUUUGUCUUAAACAUAUAGUUUUAAACUCAUACUUUUUAUUACUGUUUUUUUUUUUUAAUAAUUACUAAGAAAGAUUACUCUACCAAUAUUUUGUGUGUUCAUGUAUAGUUUGUUUAUGAAUCAUUGUUAUUUUAUCUUAUUUUUUUGUUGUAUGUGUUCAUUUUAUUAUGUCUCAAAAUCUACUAUUUUGCAAGAUUGGUCAUCUAUUUCAAACCUGUGAGAGUUAAAUUAGGCGAGCCUGACCUUUUGACCUUUCUGUUACUUUUUUUUGUCAAAGGUGCAGUAUAUCAUGGACUUUUGAACUGUAUAAUGAAAUUACUAUGAAAUGUUGUAUGAAAGUUAAGAUGUAUUGGUCUUAUUACGUAUCAAAGCAAUAACUGAAGUUUUUAGUACUAAUUAAUUUGACUUUGAUGUGUGUGCAAUUUGCCAGUUGUACUAGAAUACUGUUAAAAAAUGUGCAAUGUUUUUGAUGAGAUGAACCAGCGAUGAACUAAAGAAUUUGCAGUUUGUGUGAGUGCCAAAUUGUGCCAAGAAGAUUCCUAAACUAUGGUUAUAUAUAUUUAAAAAAUUGCUAUCAUCUGUAUUAAUGUGCCCUCUACUUGGCAACAAAUGCAUUCUUGUCCUGCAACAUUCCUUUAGAUUUCAAAUAAAUAAGCAAUUGACUGGCUAAACCUGUUACCGACUGACGAGCUUUCUUCUUGUGAGCUCUUCUAUGAAUUUUGCAUUGUGUCUGUGAUGGAAAUAAAUAUAUUUUUAAUUC